UUAAAUACCUCCUCUCUUGUUCCACCAAGCCCUCAGGUCAGAGUGAAAGACCCCUCUUAUGUAACUGCAUAACGUACCUGCUGCUGUCAGAGAGCAGGUGAGACUAUAGUGCACUGUUUCCAAACGCAAGCUGGGCAGGAACAAGUGGCCAAAAAAGUCUCUGUGGAAACUAUCUCUUGGCAUGCUGAUGUGCACGGAUCUGCACUUCAUCUCUCAUUGAAGCUGACUCAAACCUUCAUGGAUUCUCUGAACCUGCUGAGCCCUUACCUGUUCCGAUACAAAGGGAAGAACUUUGCGGUGCAGGAGGGAGUGAAACCCAAAGACCUUGAUGCUCUCCAGCAUGUGGAAGUCCACCCGAGUGAUAUCUACCUGAUCACUUACCCAAAGUCAGGCACAAUAUGGAUGCAGCAGAUUCUUGUCAAGAUCAUGGAUGCUGCACACCCUGACCAGGUGGAGGACGCCACUAAUAGGGUGCGUGUUCCCUGGCUGGAGGGCAGCACUGUGGACAACUUCCUUCGAGAAAGGCCAGAUCCCCGGCUCUACCGUACACAUCUGCCCCCUAACAUGUUGCCCCAUGGAGUGAAGACCAAGAGAACCAAGGUGACUUAG